UAGAAGUGGUGUGUCUAGGAGAAAGAAAUACAGCAGACAGCAGUGCAUAUCAUGUAAGGUAGUGCUUUUGCAUAAUAGGUAAAUAAAAGAGAUUCAACCUUUCCAUCAUCAGUGUCUUCAUCCGCCAGUGACCUUAACAACUGUAGCAGUUCAUACCUCAUAUCUUUACUUCUGUACGUCAGGUAUCUAUCAAGAAGCUGAAUGAUCCCAGCUUCACGAACUUGUACCUUGUUGUACUCUUUCCCUUCACAGGUCAUUUGGAGAUUUCGUAAUGCAUCGAUAACCAUACUUUCUGAACCGCCUAAGGAUAAAGCUGCAUGAGCCACUUUGAUUCUUGCUGCCUCGUUACGUACUUUCCAUUCCUGAAUGAUGCUUUUCAAGACAACAUUUACAGUCAAUUCAGUGGUCUUGCAGAAAGGGUUAGGAGAGAAAAAAUUAGUGAAAGGAUGAAAGUUUCUUCAAGAUCUUGUACCGGGUUGCAACAAGGUGACUGGGAAGGCAGUUAUGCUUGAUGAAAUCGUAAACUACAUACAAUCGCUACAACGCCAAGUUGAGUUUUUAUCGAUAAAACUUGCAACUGUGAACCCACAAAUGGACUUUAACCUUGAAGGUCUUCUUGCAAAAGAUGCACUUCAACUACGAGCUGGUUCUUCAUCUACAACACCAUUCCCCCCCAAAUAUGUCAAUGGCUUAUCCUCCUUUACCACAUGGAUUCAUGCAACUGACCCUUUCCAGCAUCGGACGGACCAUAAGUUCACCAUUGUCUCCUAUAAAUGGCGGAUUCAAGCGACAGGAAACAACUGGAUGGGAGGGUGAUUUGCCAAAUGUGAUCCAAAUUAACUAUGGAGCUGGCGAUGUCACACCCGACCCUCAAGCAGCAUCUACACUC